GGAGGAUCCAGACUGAGGUGACAGUCUGGACUGAUCCUGCGGCCAAACUGCUCACUUAACAUCUCUUCACCUGCAGAAUUAUUGUUUUUUUCUUCUUGAAAUGUUGACUCUGUGGAAAAAUAAUAACUUCUUUUGUUGGUGCUGGCUAAAGUGGGUGAGUGAUGGCGUCCAUGAAUGAGGCUGUCUGAGUGGGAAGCUGUCUGCCUGCUGUGCUGGAUGUCUGGGACAGAUCCAUGGGCCAGAAAGACCAUGUGGAGGCGGGAGCAGGCCACAUUGUCGACCUGGCCCUCGACCUUGAGUACCUCCAUGUAGCAGGGGCCAACCGCCAGUCUGGCUGCACCAUUGGGGCUCCUGCUAUGGAGGAGCAGGGUGAGCGCCCCGGUGACACCAGCCCCACCAUUACUCCACCUUCAAAAGCUGCUGAGGAGAUAGGCUGUGGAGCAGAGCCUGUGAGUGUCACUCUUGGUCCAGCGGCCGUCCCAGAGGGAGGGGAUGGUGUGUCCACUCACACCAAGAGUUCACAUCAGCCACUGUGUCGCACCCAGUGUGUGGACUUGGGCACGGAAGGUCUUCCUGAGCCGCCUUCAGAAGCGGACGACCCUGCCACCCACCCGUGUGAACUCCUCCCUGAGGCACCCGCUCCAAACUCUGCUCCCGAUGCUGCAUCGAAUGGAAAGGACUACAGGGCCAAGCUGGAUUUUGCACUGAAGCUGGGCUACUCUGAGGAGACUGUGCGAUUGGUCCUCACUAAACUGGGUCCUGACACUCUGAUCAAUGACAUCUUGGGAGAGCUGGUCAAACUGGGCACGUCUGACACUGAGCAGCCAGUGGGAUCCGGAGCCUCCAUCUCUUCGUCUUCCUCUUCCUGCGGCUGCUCUGAUUCGCUGGAUGGUCAGCGGUCAGACUCGCCCUGCUUGGCUGAAAGUCUGCUGGACCAGGACAACCUGCGUCCGGUGGUGGUGGACGGAAGCAAUGUUGCCAUGAGCCAUGGCAACAAGGAAGUGUUUUCCUGCCAGGGUAUUCAGCUGGCGGUGGAUUGGUUCCUGGAGCGGGGCCACCAUGACGUCACGGUCUUCGUGCCUGCGUGGAGGAAAGAGCAGUCCCGUCCUGACGCUCCAAUAACAGACCAAGAGAUCCUUCGACGCCUUGAGAAGGAGAAAAUCCUGGUGUUUACGCCGUCACGCCGGGUUCAGGGGCGGCGGGUGGUUUGCUACGACGACCGCUUCAUUGUGAAGCUGGCAUAUGAAUCCGACGGCAUCAUCGUGUCCAAUGACAACUACCGAGAUCUGGCCAACGAGAAACCAGAGUGGAAGAAGUUCAUCGACGAGCGCUUGCUGAUGUACUCCUUUGUCAAUGACAAAUUCAUGCCUCCUGACGACCCGCUCGGUCGCCACGGUCCCAGCCUGGACAACUUCCUGAGGAAGCGCCCGAUCAUGCCGGAGCAGAAGAAGCAGCCUUGUCCUUAUGGGAAGAAGUGCACUUACGGCCACAAGUGCAAGUAUUACCACCCGGAGCGAGGUACCCAACCCCAACGUGCCGUUGCUGACGAGUUGCGCGCUAGUGCCAAGACCACCGGCGCCACCAAGCUCCAAGGAGAUUCUGGACUGGUGAAGAGCCACAGUGUUCCAGCGGGCAGCAUUGAGGUCAAGAAAGGGGCUGCGAAGAGGCAGUCGGAGCCCAGCAUCCGAGCCUUGUCUUACAGUGACGCUGAAGAGAAGCUGCUGGCAAAGAGCCGCCUGGAGAGCCUGAAGAACAGCAGCAGUAAUGGCUUCACCUGUGGCUCUCCGGCACCUGGAGGACCACCGGCCAACCUGGGGCUGCCACUGGAGCAACAGUCCAGGGCACCAACUCCUAAUGGUCCCCUGCAGGCUCAGAGCCAUGACCUCUACCCUCACUGUGAGUCUCCAGACAUGAGCUACUACUCGGUCACCCGGGCCUACUGUGGUCUGAGUCUGUCCUCCAGACGGAGCCCAGACUGCCGCUUCUCCGGUGACACGGAGCUGCGCCUCAGCUCCAUGGGCUCCACGGGCUCCGAGUGUGGCAGCGAGAGCAGUGUGAGCUGCGGCAGCAGCUGCGACUCCUACGGCGAACGGCCGUGCACCGCGUGUCCCCAAGACCUGCUCAUGGAGGAUGGAGUCCACUAUCUACAGGGUCGCCUCUACCCGCAUCACAGGGGCCACGAGGCUUGCACCCUCUACCCAGUUGAAUGCCCCAACUUACCGCAGGUCCACACGGCCUCCGCUGCCGGAAACCACUACGUGACACGUGGCCAAAGCAGUGCUCAUGACCUGCCCCCAGGGACCCCACCCAAGCGCCCCCUCUACCCCUUGCCCCCGCACCUACAGCAUCAGCCGCUCACCGCGAGGUCCAGUUGCCCGGGAGACUACCACUCCCUGCCCCAGACCGGCCGCUGUCAAGCCGCCUCCAGAGCCGAGAGCGUGUCGGACUCGCACAUCUAUGGGCACCUCAGCCACAUUCCGCCCCAGCUGAAAGGCUGGGAGCCGUACUACCGACCCCCGCUGGUGCCGCAGCAGGAGCCGGCGGAAGCCCGCCUGGCGUCCUGGCACAGCCAGUCCUGGGUGCAGGACGGCUACAGCCACCACCACCACCACUCCUCCCAGCCGCUGCUCCAUUCAGCCAGCACGCACUACAUGAGCCACAUGCCUCCUCUGGCCCCCCGCCCCUCCCACGGCCCCUCUGCCUACAUGCACCCAGACUCGCUCGCGCACAGUCCCUACGCUGAUGUGAGGGAGAAGGUGUACGUCAACCUGUGCAACAUCUUCCCCUCCGACCUGGUGAGUCGAGUCAUGUCCCGGUGCCCACACGUGACUGACCCCCAGCAGCUGGCCGCUGCCAUCCUGGCUGAAAAAGCCCAGUCUGGUUACUGAAAGACUGAAGGACGGUCACCAAUAUCGGAUCACAUCCAGCUGCCAACAGUGAUGUUAGAAACGCUGCGAGUGUCACCAUGACGGAGGUGUUGUCGUGGGGCGUCGACUUUGCUUCAAGAUGUUCGUCUUUUUUGAGAUGGCAAGUACUGGAAGUUGUAGCCGUAGAGAUGGGGUGACCCUGUCGUGUGUACCUUAGUUUUAGUAAGGGACAUCUCUUUCUCUUGAUAUACAAUGCUUUUAUAGUGGCGUCUCGAGGCCCAGUCUCACACACUUCCACCACCGUGAUUGUACAUAUAUUUAAAAGAUCAUUUUGUGGCCCAAAGUGUCACGACGUCUGUUGGAUCUCAGCAAAGACAGAGAAACUCGAUACAAAUUGUAUCAGAAAAGUGUUGUUUUUAGUCGCUAGUAUUUAUGGGUCACUUUGUCAUGUUCUGGUCGUAUCAACUGUCCUGUUCUAGAACCAGGAAGCUGCUUCGAGACGAUUUGUCAGGAAAUCUGAAGGUUUGAUGUGGAGGUGCUCUUUCAUGUGGAGCUGCUGGGGUCUGAAGCUGGUUGUUUUGGAGACGGUUCAAACACAGACAGGCAGCUCUGCUGUGAGGUCCGCGUGUGGAUCCAAGCAGGGCUCGGCGAUAUUGAAAAAAUAGAAUAAAAUGAAUACAUAAAAUAUAUAUUUUUUGUUGCAGACUAAACAAAUGUAGAGAAACAUUAUCAACAACACUGCAAAUAAAAUGGCUUCAUAAGACAUAAGAACAAGCUCGGCUCAGCUUGGUGGCUCAUGCUACAAACAGACUCUGUUCCUCUGUGAAAGAAAACAAACAGACUGAAAGAAAGGUACAGUAGAAUGUACUCACUCUUGGUGUCAGACACUGUGUGAGAGAGGGAGAGAGCGCUCACUCCUGCGACAACAGAAGGCACAUGCUGGAGUUGGCACCGCAGGUUUUCCAGGCCUCGCCGUCAUCAGUGGGAUCUCUGCUGGUCUAGGAGGCGAGAUGUGUCCAAGUAGCCCGUGAGGACAUGAGAAACGGCUGAUAGUGGAGGUGGACCUGAGAUUUUCUGAGAUUGUUGUGAUCGAUGGAUCGGAAGUGUUUUUUAAAAUUUUACUUUAUAGAGUUUGUAAUGCUUCAGGACUGCAGUAUGUCACUUCAGAAUCUUUCAAAACCUCUAACUCACAGUCAAACUGAAGACACAGUCACGAGAGUAAAACUCCCACAGUGCACUGCAGCAGUUGUUAUUAGGGUCAUGGGAAAACGUCUUGAUCAAACCUCUGAUCUGAAAUGGACCUGCUCCUCUGAAUGAGUCGCACCUGUUCUGUCGAACCGUCACCAACCAGCUUCACCAACCCGCCUUGUUUACGGUUGUACGUCCUGUGAUGGAGUGCGACAGCUUUAGUGGAGGGGAGACGUUUGAAGAAGCGCCUUCGCUGCGUCCACUGACACCAUGUGCCAGUGUGGCGCCGAGCGUGGGCCCAAAGUAAUGCCUCUUAAUGGCAUUGUGCUUUUGACACAUCCGAUACUCUGAACUAUGUUCAGCUAACGCGUGUUUAAAAUGUCUUUUUCUUGUACAGACAUGUUUCUGGUUUAACUGAUGUUUGCAGCUGCUUCACUUUUCGACCCAAAUAUGUCCACGGAUCAGUCGUGCUGCGGAUUGCUGACCUCACCGUCCUGUGUCAAAUGUGUAAAUACCAAAACUGUUAAUUUAAGUCUGUGAAACUACUGAGUGUGUUCAUUAAAGUUCUGAUUCAACAGCAGUGGCUUUGAUUUCAGCGGCUGAGAAGUUCAGUCAGGACCUCUGCAUAUGUAUCUGCUGCAAUAUGACCAACAUAUUAAGUCUACAUUAUAGUAGUUGACUGAAAUUGCGUGAACAACAAUCCCAACGUUAUCUGCUCCUUUUCUCCUCUUGGUGGCGCUGCAUCAGCCCAUUCCAGUUUCUGUAGGCUGUUCUGGUCAAUAGGGGGCGCACACCUCACAUAGUGCCUGCAUGAAGGCACAGGGUGCAUUUAGUUUUUCAGGGAACAUUUUACUCAUUUUUAAACAAACCAUCACUACAAAAAAAAGUCAGUUAAGAGUGAGUGCUACCAAAAAUUGCUAAUAAUUAUUUCUGACUCUGUGUUGGAUGCCAAACAGAACAUAGCUGUUUGUCAUCAUCUGCUGUUUGUAUGGAAUUCAUUGUGUUGUUUGAUGUUUGAAUGUGACACUGACCAAGCCCUGACAUUUUUUUUAACCGAGCACCAACGUUAUGCAACACCUUUUUUUUUUUUUUGUUUCGUCAGACCCUGAACUCAUCAGAAGUGACCACACCGAGUCCAUUUCUAACAUUUAUAUUUGGGUUUUCACUUUAUUUGCAGAAGGAAACAUUUACUUGCAGCCGUGUAACUUCAUUUCAUUUGGCCACAAAUAUCCAACAAUAACUUACAGCAUGAAGAGGAAUACACAACAAUGACCUCCCGAGACCUUUUUUUUUUGUUGUUUUUUUUUUUUAAAUGACCCACUUUGAAAUGAAAACUCCUCGGACGAGGUGGUGACCAUUCAUUGCACUUGGAUGACAGAACACACAUCACAUCUCACCAUCACCUGUGGCGGCGAGGUGAGUUCAGCUGGAAGAGAAGAAUUCAUAAAUACACGUUUGUGUACAUUGUUUGACCGAUAACACAUUUGUCUAUGUUUGGCAGUUAACUGGGGAGUUUUUUUGAAAGAGCAAGUCCAGUCCACAUGACCCAGCAGAAAUGUAGCACCCUCGGAACAAAGGCAACGCUGUGCCAAAUGAAACGCGGCGGAUUCUGGAUCCUGAGCUGUUGAAGCAGCGAUGACACCACGGAGACACACAAGACAACAUUCAGUCUGACGUCUGGUCACAUGAUCCCCUCCGUACAUCAACACAUCUGUACAUUCCACUUCCUGGAUGGUGGACGCCAUGUGACGUCUGAAGGCGACUGGGACCAAACGUC